GUGUAGCGCUUUCUGCUACAGAUUGCUACCCGUACCUAGACUUGUCUGCUUCAAUUCGUGUUAGCUUGUGCGUCGGGUCGGCGGCAAAGGUUUGGUCUAGUUCCUGGGUACCAUUAUAACUAAAUUGCGUAAGAGCCUAUGAAGGUACCUGAAACUUCAUAGGCAUGUACUGUAAACGUAUGUAGCACUGCAGCUACACGACAUGUCUGGGAGAUUCGUUCGUCCUAUUUAAUUUCGUGCCUGGUAUAUUCAUGUCCAAAAUGGCGGCGUCCAUCAAAAGGCAACUCUCGGCUCUUGUCAACACAGGAAGUGCACCCAAAGACCUCACAGAGAAGUAUCGGAAAAUUCUGACAGACGUGCUGAAGCUGAAAGACAACGCACUCAUCGAAGGACUACAGGCGUCAAUUGAGGCUUUGGUAAAUGAAAAUGUCAGCCUGGUCAUCUCCAGACAGCUCCUAACGGAAGUUUCCAACCACCUCGGCACCCUGUCCGACGAAGUCUCCAAGAAAGUGUCCCACUUCAUGAUCGAGAAAGUCCAGCCGAGGGUAGUCUCCUUUGAAGAGCAGGUAGCCACCGUGAGACAGCAUCUGGCCAGUAUCUUUGAGAGGGAGCAAAGCUGGAGGGAGGCUGCCAACAUCCUUGUGGGUAUACCGCUGGAGUCGGGACAGAAGCAGUACUCCAUAGACUAUAAAUUAGAGACGUACCUGAAGAUUGCUCGGCUGUAUCUAGAAGACGACGACCCUGUGAACGCGGAGGCUUACAUCAAGCGAGCCUCACUGCUCCAAGCCGAGUCCACCAGUGAACAGCUUCACAUUCAUUACAAGGUUUGCUAUGCCAGGGUGUUGGACUACCGGCGCAAGUUCAUCGAGGCGGCCCAGCGGUACAACGAGCUUUCCUUCAAGACCAUCAUAGCCGAGGAGGAGAGGAUGCAAGCUUUGAAGCAUGCACUGCACUGCACCAUCCUGGCAUCGGCCGGCCAACAGCGGUCUCGCAUGCUCGCCACCCUCUUCAAGGACGAGCGCUGCCAGCAGCUGCCGUCUUACGGCAUCCUGGAGAAGAUGUACCUGGAUCGCAUCAUCCGAGGCAACCAGCUCCAGGAGUUUGCUGCCCUCCUUCAGCCACACCAGAAAGCGACGACGGCAGAUGGCUCAAGUAUCUUGGAUAGAGCAGUAAUUGAGCACAACCUGCUGUCCGCCAGCAAGCUUUACAACAACAUCACGUUUGAAGAACUUGGGUCCCUCCUGGAAAUACCGCCGGCAAAGGCAGAGAAGAUAGCAUCUCAGAUGAUUUCCGAGGGUCGGAUGAAUGGCAGUAUUGAUCAGAUUGACAGCAUCGUACAUUUUGAAUCUCGUGAAACAUUACCACAGUGGGACAAGCAGAUUCAGAGCCUCUGCUUCCAAGUGAACUCGAUCAUUGAGAAGAUUAACCAGCAUGCACCGGACUGGAUCGCCAGCGUCUCCGAGUCUGAAAUGUCCUGAUGAUCAUUGAGGAAUCUGUGACGGAAUAGCGUUACCACUUUGAAGUCAUACCGAGAUCUAGUUUUCCGAGACCUGCACAAGCACUCCUCCGAAUUUUCUUUUUGCCCAAAAUGUAAGGAUCACUUGUGAGGGAGGACACUUGCUGCCCUCAGACUGUUGUGUGCUCCAACCCCUCACAUGAAUGUUACACUUGUGGUUUUGUGCGCAUUUAAGUGAAAAAUCGAAGGAUCGUAACUUGCCGGCAGAGAUGAACUUGCGAGCAAGACAAAAGACAACACCCUGAUGUGAUUGCAUGUGUAAGGCUUGUUGUAAUUUGUGGCAUUUCAUGAGUUUGCUGAGCAGUUGCAGAGCAUUAACUUAUAAUACAGGAUAUGUUCUUCGCUUCAUUUUGAAAUGGUUUGGUUUUUAUUUCAUGUACGUGAAUGCAUGCUUAUCACAAAACCUUACAUUGAAUCAGCAUGUGUUUACAUGCUUUUACUGAAGCUGUGAACAUGUUAUUGGUUGAAGAAGCCCGGAAUGCACAGAGAAAAAUUAAAGACAACUUUGAAGCAGCCGCUGUUUUUGGUGUUAUGCCCAUCCGUGGCUGGAUACAGAUGCUAGUCAUUUUGGUCUUUUGUAGUAUUUGGGGGGGGGGGUAGGAACAUAUUUGACUCAAUCGUCACUUGCCUGCGAUAUCGAACUGAGAUAUGAAAAUAUCCCAUGCCUUGGUAGGUAGCAAAUACGGUCCUUCUUUCCCCGGAAGACAUUUGUACAGCCUUUCACAUAAGAUUAACGAUAACUGAGCUGUUCAGGGUACAAACGGUUGUCAGGAUUUUGUUCAUGCAUUUCAGAAGCCCUACCCGUUUCCAUUUGAUCCAUGCUUUACAAGAACCUGAAAAGCAAAUAAUCCAUGAUCAAUGCAUUUUUAGUCGUCGUACUGCAGAUAAAUUGUGUAUUGGUGUCAUUGGUCGAUUUCAUGUGCUUGUUCUGACAUACAUGUAAUUAGUUGAAUUAAACAUUCAAUCUUUGGCAAACAAA